CAUAAGCCAACCAAGCGCUCCCUUAAUCUCCCCCAUCACAAAAGCUUGUUGGGAGGCUCGAUUUGCAUGUUGAUACGUAUGUUACUCGUCUGGUCUUUCUGACCUUUCUGGCCUUUCUGGUCUUGUGUGCGGCGCUAUGCUGUCCCUACUCGUCAUCUGUGGCUGAGCAAAACGUUUCAAUGUCAGCGACGCGGCAUUAUGGCUGGCGGCGUUUAGUUAUGCCUCAAAAAGGGUCUAGUGUCUGCCAUUAGGUAUCCCGGGCUAACGUUAACGCUGAGCCGAGCCACUAGCUGUCGUAACUAUACGGUUGAAGCUUCCCUGUCGGUAUGACGACGGUCGCUCUCGGGGUUCGUAUACUGUUUUCGGACCCGGCGGCGGGGAGAAGUGCAUUGCAUCGAAUUAUUUUCAGCCCUUCACACAAACAGCAAUUGUUCCUUUUCGAGCGCUAUAUCCUCCUCAUACUCCUCCUGCGCAAAUAUUGAGUCUGUCUCAUUUGUAAAUAUUCGCAAUUGAUUCACUAUUCCGAGCCUCUUAUUCAGUACCUCGGUGAGGGCGCAUUCGUCGCCGCCAGUAACGUCGAAUCCCAACCCAACGAGGUUGACGCCAGAGUCUGGCUAUUCAGUAACUGGGGGAUUUUACACCGACAGCAGCUACUACGCUGUAAACCACCUACUUUACCUCACUGAGCGUCGGGUCCUUUCGCCACGGUGCCCCAACCAUGUCCGUCCGCGUUCACCUGGACAACCCGCACGCCUUCUACACAAACCUCGACUUCAUAAGCGGCAAAAUCGUGCUGAACCUCCUCACCGAUGAGACCAUAUCCGCCAUCGUGGUGAAGCUGGAGGGGGAGAGCAGGACGGUGCUGAUGAAGCCACCACCCAUGCCGCAUGAGCCAAGGCGGCGCGAUGAUAGGAGCAGGAUAGCCAUGGAGAACCACAAGAUCUUGUACAGACUGCAGACUGUCUUUCCGACUGUGAGCAGCACAACUCCGACUGCCAAGGCGUCGUUCACGCUUGGGGCGGGGCACCACGAGUAUCCGUUUAGGUUUAAGAUUCCGUUUAAUACCAUGUGCGGUGACCCGAAUAUGCAAGCCAUCGGCGUUGGGUUGGGUGGCCGCCUCGGACUCAUGGAGAUGCCGAUGCUCCAGCAACAUAUCAGAAAACCAUUACCCCCUUCCCUAGGCGGUUUCCCAGGUGAAGCAGAGAUAAGAUACUUCGUCAAAGUCACAGUCCAGCGGCCGUCGAUAUGGAAAGAAAACAGGAGAAACGAGAUCGGCUUCAAGUUCAUGCCCAUCGAUCGCCCACGCCCCCCUGCCUCAAAUGCAGAAGCGUUUGCACGCCGGCCAUACGCUUUCCAAGCUGGCUCGAUCUCUUCGAACGGCAAGAAACGAGGGAUGUUUUCGCGCCAGCCAACUUCUUUAUCGCCUGUUGCUCCGUCCGUCUUGGUCGACGCGCGACUGCCCAGCCCGUCGAUUUUGGUAUGCAGGAAACCGAUCCCCAUGCGCAUCAUCGUCAAAAAGCAGAAUGAGAGUCCCGAGUACGUGUUUUUAGUCGGGCUGCAUGCCGAUCUUAUCGCCAAGACGGAGGUUAGGGCACAGGAUGUGAUGCGCGAAGAGCUGAGCACUUUCCCCAUUGUCAACCUCCAGGGCCUCUCUAUUCCCAUAGGCAAUCCCAGUGAACCGGUUGGGACCGAGACGACGCUUGAUGAUACGCUGUGGGAUCGUGUUCAGCUUCCGCCGACUGUUACGCCUUCGUUUCAUAUUUGCAAUUUGACGCGGAAAUAUGAGCUUCAAGUACGCGUUGUACUAAGCUACGGAUACCCAGGCGAGAUUCAGCCACAAAAACAAAUAAUCCCCCUCCGCUUCCCCGUCGAAGUCUACUCCGGCCUCACCCCCUCCCCCGCCCUCCUCAACGCCCUCGCCAACCGCACCUCCACCACCACCGCCGCCGCCACCACCACACCCCACGAAGCCCCCGCCAUGCCCCCACGCCCCAGCGGCGCCCCAGCCGCCCCGCCCAUCGACCCGCUCUACCCGCCGCAAAUGGGCACCGCGAACGCGGACCUGAUGGGCGACGCGCCGCCGAGCUAUGAGGAUGCGAUGGCGGAUGAUAUUGGUCCGCUUGAUGGACGGAGGGAGUAUAGCGGGGUGGCGAAUGAGAAUUCGCCUAGUGAGGUGGGGGGGGAGAAGGGGGGGAGAGGGGCGGUGCCGGGGUACUCGGCGCAUGACAGCAAUGGGGGAGGGGGAGGUGCGAGUGGAAGCGGGAGUGGGGGGUUUGUUGCUUGA